UAAAUAUCGAUCUUCUUCGAUCUGAAAGAGGCGUAGUGAAUAAGGGCAACCAGAGAGAGGGGGUCCUUAAUGUUGUCUCCAAAAGACGCCCGUAAAUGUCUGACGUCACAGGUCUCAGUUCAGGGUUUCUUCUAUUGACAAAAGGAGAUAAGCGCUACACAAGCUCAGGGGCCAAGAGGUGCGUUAAAAACAUAGGUGGCGCCAGCUUCAUCGGCAUGGUCAUCUUCAUCACCACCAUCCCGGAUCCCUUCGAAGUAUCUUGGUCCCUCGGGCUGACUGUGAUCGCUAUGACGCUGAUUCUGAUCGCAGGCACGCUCAUGAUUCCAGAUGCAUUCGAAGCCAGCUACGACGACGAUUCUGAUGUGGAAGAUGACGACGAUUAUUUCGGCACGAGCAGGCGCAACGCUGUCUCCCCCUCAAUGCGAGGCAACGGCCCUUCGUCCAGGGGCAUCACCCCGAUUUCUUACAGGGGCGAAGGAAAUCGGUGGAGAAGCUAUUAGUUUCGUACGACGUUGGGAAGAGACAAGUGGUCAAAAUAAUAUGGUGGUGCUUUAAAAACAAAAUGCAGUUUGGAAGAGUGUUCGGGGUAAAGGUCGUCUUUAAGAGAUUUCUGCUCCACCGGGAGUGGCGCGGAUAAAUCUGAUAAGGAAAUGCUGUUAAGUUUUAAGACAUUAAUUAUGUUAUUAGUAAGGUAUUGUAUUUUGAGCUUACUUGUUCGACCAUCGACACCCAGUGUUUUGUAAAAAGUAUAAAGAAUAUCAACACAUUCUCCUAGAUGUCAAACAGACAAAAACAUUUGCGUGCGCGCUCUCACAGACAAACACAUACAAACAAACAAAAACUCUCACACACAUGUACACUCAUUUUUGGCACACACACUGAAGCCAACAAGUGUUAGCAAACAUUCACGUUCAGAAAUAAACAAGAUCACGUCUUACCUUCAAACACUUAGGCUCACAUCAAACGAAA